ACAAAAGAGUCACAGCACGUCACCCAUCCACUCAUCUGUCUCUGUUCUUGAACUCUAUUAAUUCAAAACAGGGGGGAAAAAGAAACCGUCUUGGAACCUCUUUAAGGAAGUUUUCAGUCUUUCCUCCGCUGAGGUCAUCGUCAUUGAAGUCUAAACCCGGAAAACUCCUAGAAAGUUACAUUUCGCUGCCUCUGGUCCUGCUGUGUGCACCACCAUGCCGGGAACUGUGGAACGCAUGGAACUAAGGAAAGUCUCCACAGUGGCUGAUGACGACAGCCUUGAUGAACACCUCACAGGGCCCACUGACUGCGAGAAGGGCAACAUGGGCAGUCAGUUUAUGGACAGCGAUGAAGAUGGAGAAAGCAACAGCCGUGGAAAAACUUUUAUGUUUCUGUCAAAUGGGAUACCACAGGAGGAGGAGGAGGAGGAGAAUCAGUUUAUGGAGAAUGAUGAAGAUGGAGAAAGCAACAGGCAAUUUAUAAAUGAUAAUGAAGAUGGAGAAAGUGACAGAUUCCUGGCAAAUGGGAUGCAGAAGAAGAAGAAAUUAAAGAAGGAAUACGAUGAAGAAUAUCAUCCUGGCCACACCUCCUUCGGCAUGUCCGUCUUCAACUUGAGCAACGCCAUCAUGGGCAGCGGCAUCCUGGGCCUGUCCUUCGCCAUGGCAAACACUGGCAUCGUUCUCUUUACACUCCUCCUCAUCGCUGUGGCCAUCCUCUCCCUAUACUCUGUACACCUGCUUCUCAUGACUGCUAAAGAAGGAGGAUCCCUCAUCUAUGAGAAGCUUGGAGAGAGGGCAUUUGGCUGGCCUGGAAAAAUGGCUGCAUUUGGAUCAAUAAUCAUGCAAAACAUUGGAGCCAUGUCCAGCUACCUCUUUAUAGUGAAGUAUGAGCUGCCAGAAGUGAUCCGAGCAUUCAUGGGCUUGGAGGAAAACUCUGGUGAAUGGUACCUGAACGGAAACUACCUGGUGGUGUUUGUGUCCAUCGGAGUCAUUCUGCCUUUAUCUCUCCUCAAAAAUUUGGGUUACCUGGGCUACACCAGUGGUUUUUCCCUCUCCUGCAUGGUCUUCUUCCUGGUUGUGGUGAUCUACAAAAAAACCCAGCUGCCCUGCCCUCUGCCUUUCUUUUACGGCCACUCGUACAAUCUCAGCAUGAACGGCUCGGACAUCCCAGGAUCGUACGCCUUACAAAACCGCUCGGUGCCGAUGGAUUUCUCCCGCGCUGACGUUUCCUCGGCGAGCCUCGGCAGCCACGACGGCCAUCACUCCACAGGACUCCACUUUGAACGUCACCCUGACGAUGAGGAGAUGUGCACGCCUAAAUACUUUGUCUGCAAUUCACAGACUGCAUACACUAUCCCCAUCCUGGCCUUUGCCUUUGUCUGCCAUCCUGAGGUGCUGCCUAUCUACAGCGAGCUCAAAGAUCGCAGCAGGAAGAAGAUGCAGAAUGUCUCUAACCUGUCCAUCCUGGCCAUGCUGGUUAUGUACAUGCUGUCAGCACUCUUUGGCUACCUCACCUUUUACAACAACGUGGAGGCAGAGUUACUCCACACCUUCACUAAAGUAUACAAGUUUGACACGUUGCUGCUGCUGGUGCGUUUGGCUGUCCUCACUGCCGUCACUCUCACCGUACCCAUUGUGCUUUUCCCUAUCCGUUCGUCCAUCACCACGUUGCUGUUCAGCAAGCGAGAGUUCAGCUGGACUCGACACCUGCUGAUCGCCGCGUUCAUCCUGGCCUUCAACAACAUGCUGGUCAUCUUUGUCCCCACCAUCAGGGACAUCUUUGGCUUCAUCGGUGCCUCUGCAGCAACAUUGCUCAUCUUCAUCCUACCCGCUGCUUUUUACCUCCGCUUGGUAAAGUCGCUGCCGUUCCGCUCCCCACAGAAGAUUGGGGCAGCCGUCUUCCUCGUCGUUGGAAUCAUCUUCAUGAUUGGCAGCUUGACGCUCAUCGUUCUUGACUGGAUCCACAACCCCCCGGGCUCUGGUGGCCACCACUAAACCGCUUUUCUUCGCACUUAAAAGUGCAGCCACUACCAUGACCACCCCACAGAAACCCACUUAUUUUGUGUACCCUAUGGUUCCCUACGUUUCAUCAAAUCAUUAUAAAACCUCAACCUAUCUACAUGAGUUUAGCACUGGGUUAAGACAUCUUUAGUUUCCUCCAGCUGGAAGUGAUCUUUAUAGCUUAGUUUGCAUUUUGUUAAUUUUUUGGGGUUUUUUUGGAUGUGAACCAACACAAAUGAGAGAAUCAAAACUCAGAGAAGAGGUUAACGGUCUCUGAUCUAACAACAUCAUCAUCGUCGUCGUCUUGAUGAUCAUUGCUGUUUCCAGCUAUGAAGAAUGACCAGCUACUCUGCAGCCUGUACUUGAAGCAGAUUUGCAAACUCUGAUAUUGAUUGAAGGGCUGGAACGAUGUUGCAGGUCCAUCAGUCCUCUGUGAACUUGAAGGAGUCUUUUGGAGUGUGUCAUAAUCCAUGAAAAAGGAGCACUUCUAGCAUUAUGUUCAGUAGCAUUUGUGCACAGAGCCAACACAUGCAGCUAACAUGUAGCGCUACAUUGAUAAUUUUUUACAAAAAUUCCUGCGGUCAGCCAAGCAGUCAGCUCUUCUCAAAAUGUUGGUUAAUUAGUAAUUUAAUUCAGUCUUUUAUUUGGAAAAUUUGAGAUCAAUUUGCUGCUGUGCUAUACUAACAAUCAGAAGCUUUGCCAAAGUCGACAUGCACAGAUGCUAGAUGUUUUCAGCUCCACAAUCUCAAGGAUCUUCCUCAAUGGUCAUUUUCAUUCUGGCUGUGCACACGGCAUAAGUAGGUGCUUUCAGUAUUACUGUCAUGGAUGGAUCUGAACAUGCAAGAUACGAAUGUACAUAAUUACGUGUAUCUACUGAAAAAAUGGUUGUUGUACAUAAUAUCUUGGCCUCUUAAGGCUGUCUGCCAUUCAGGUUAUAUUCAGUUGGAUGAUCAUUUCCAACUAGCAGUAUAUAUACAUGCUGGAAUAAGGCACUUAGUAUAGGGCUUUUCAGAUAAAUACAUGGAAUUGUUAUUUUUAUAAACAAUUGGCAACAGUGUUUGUGAAUAAAUUAAAAAUAUGCAGUCUGAACCAAUUAAAAAGGAUUUUAAGGUCAACCAAAGCCGAUACAAAUGAAUAGGUUGAUCUAACUCGUGCCCUGCUGUGUUCAACACUGCAGAGUAAGAACUAUGCCCACUCUGGAAUUUAAUUCGAAUGUACGUUUUUUUGUUUUUAAUAUAAUUGUAUGCCGUUCAGCUUAAAGAAAUUGUUUGACACUUUGUAACAAGUUACAAGUUAGAUGAGACGAUUGAUACCAAUCUUGCGUACACGCUAGAAACAUUUCACCAUCACACAAUUAGCUUAGGGUUUGAAGCGCUCCAUAAAACUGUAACUCAAUGCUUAAACGUUUAAGUAUUUAUACAAAUUAAUUUAAGGAGACAUAACAUUUCAGUUAUUAAGCUUUAAAUGUGAUGUAUGUAGAGUUUUAACUUUACGUCAAACCAUGCUAGCUCAGUCAGUAUGGUAGGCAUUGCUAACAGGUUCGGUGCUUCCUUUUUUUUUUUUUUUACUUUGCAUAGAAACACAAUUGUUAUCAAUAUUCUCAUGGAAAUCUUGGCAAGUAACUGAAAGUGUUCCCCCAACACACAAAAUGUUAAUGCUAAACAGUAGUGGUUUUUAAAAGGGUAACAUAAAUAAUAUUGAUCAAUGAAUAAUAGCUGUAGCAGAUCGACACCUAGGUUAGGUCUUCUUUUUUUUUAGCAGUUUUUUUAAGGGUAUACACAAAGAUCCAAAGUUAUAACAGCUACCCCCCCCCCCCCCC